CUUUAAAAAAAUAUUGUUAACUGUACCAAAGUUUUCUCCGUAUAAAAGUUUGAAAGAACAGAUGUUUCGUAUAGAAUAUAAAUCACCGAGUAUCAUAUUAAAUAGUGAAAGGUGAACUUAAAAUUAAAUAUCAGAAUGGAUUAUUGCAACUAUAUGGAAUGUCGUGGACUCCAACAUCGUAAUCAAGUGUAUCAUCAUAACAGCUCUUAUCCAACUCACGAGUAUCAGCUUCCUUACAAUCAACAACCAGCAUGCUUCCUCUCUGAAGAGCCUUCGAAUUACCAUACAGAUUACGUAUACACCCCAAAAGAAGCUCGAAUGCGAAAGUUCCUUCGCGAACAGAGCCGAGAAACAAAGCUCCAUAUGUCGAGAUGUCAGUCAGCGGUUCGACCCCUGACCGCCGCACAGGUCAGCAACGCCCAUCAGCAUCAGUGGGGGGUCAACAGGACCCACCAGGGAAUCGCGGGCAGACAAGUCCACGGUCGGCAGGGUCCCAUUUCGUCAAGGAUGUUGGCAGAACAACAGAGGAAACUUGAUGUUAAGAAAGCCUUUGGGGAGCACAUGGAACAAGGACUUAUCCAAGGAUACACAGAGACAUACAUGGAUUCUGAACCUAUUCAGUACCAUCAAAUGGCUAACCAUAAGAGUCUUCCAGUCAGUGGAGACUCUGCUGUCAUAACAGAGACAGAUUCACAGCAGUGGCUACCAUACAUGCAGGUCCCUCAACCUGGUUCAUCUUACAUGAUGAGAGGAAAUGAAGACGCACGAUUGCAGCAAGGUGGCCCUUGGACAGAGUACAUGACUGAGACUCGUGGACAGGAAGUUCCGCCUUAUCCUCUAAGGCAGCAAAUGAUGAAUGGAUCCUAUGGGAAUUGUACACAAAGCCAGCAAUUUGCCGAAACACCAGGCGGCAUGCAUCAAGCGAUGGUAAACCACAAUGACAGAGGUGUUGGCAGCAAUGGUGGUGGUACCACGGAGAGAAUUCUCCCGCACCAAUACGUGUACCACCAACAACAACCCGAGAGCACCUCUGCUCUCGUUCACAACAUGGUAAUUAAGGAGGAAAUGAAUGGACAAGACGAAAUGCGUAUACUAGAAAUGAUCCCCAUUUCUUCAGAAAAUAGCGUCUCAACUAUUCCUAUAACUACGUUAUCAGCUGGAACCACAACAAUAACAAGUCAGACUGCCUACAAUGCCGGGAACAAUCAACAGACUGUCUCCUCCUCAAACAAAACCGGAAAGAAUUCUCCGGCAUCCGAGACGCCGCCAAACACGACGGAAAUCUCGGGCGCGCUGAGUGACAUUUCUAAUGUUGCCGGUGGAGUAGAAGACUCGAGCGUUCCCUUACCGGCAUUUGAACAAGCUUUUGGUUCUACGGAAAUCGGGCGUUAUUCUCACGAGGGAUUUUUCAAUACCACUCAACAGCCCGAAAAUAAUCCGCAGUCCACUAACAAUCAGGUUAGUAUAAACUCGGCUCUGGAUUACAACUAUUACAUGGGUCCGGCGCAGAUCCCCACUUUCGAAUCGACGAUGCAUUACCAUCAGAAUCAGCUUCAAGGCGUCAACCAGUACUCAGGGUUCUACAAUUAUUACAAUUACAAUUACAAUGAGCUCCAUCAGCAUUUCAGCUACGGCCAUAAUCGAUUCUCACAUCUUAAUUCGUGGGCCAGUUCUCCUAUAAAAUACGAAAAUGUUUUAAAUUAUUAAAAAAAAAUUCAUCAGAUAUCGUAGAGAUCUAAUACAGAGUUCAGUCACAAAUUAAUUUUUCUUCAUUAUUAAGAAACAUUUUCAUCCCGUUUGGAUAAAAACAUAAAAAAAUGUGACGAGGUUUUGCCUGAAAAUGUUUGAUAAGUGUUAUGUUUGUUCAAAGAAGCCGGUGGGACAUAUUAGUGUUGAAUAUAAGAUUUACCAUUUAUAUGCAUUACUGUCAUUAUAAAAUGACACUAACUAUCUCGUAAGCCAGUGGCUCCAGAUUAAGUUCCCUGAUAGUUAUCGAAUGCCUUCAUCCAUUGGUCCCUUUCAAUAAACUGUAUGCAUAAUUCCCUUAGGUAGAGGUCGCGCGAGUAGUGGUGGCACUUAAAUGCGCGAGAGAGGGGAGUUCACUAGUAGUGGGGGUAGCAAAGCCUGAGCUGCGGUGACGCGCCGAACUAAACACAGCGAGAGCUACAAAACAAAUGAAGCUGACACCCCUCUAGCGCGUGCUUCGGACGGGUCCAUCUCACACGACCAAAAUCAGUCCUUUGCGCAUGCGCCAGCACUUCUCGCGCGACCUCUACAUACAUAUAUAUGUUACCAAGAGGCAAGUUGCUGUACUGUGUAUCCUAGAUUUGUAAGUAUUGUGAUGAUUUUAUAACUAAAUCAUAAAAUAAAAAUUUA